GGGCCGCGGCGGCGGCUGCUGCGGCUGCGGCGGCGGGCGGAGCGAGGUGGGACCUUCUCUGGGCGGUGGUGGCGGCCGCAAGCGUGGUGGCUGAAGCGGUCGGACCCACACCGGGACCCGGGCGGCUGCGGCCUUCUCGGAGCCCCGAGAGCGCGCGGCGCGGGCAGCUGCUUGUGCGCCCCCGCGGGGAGGCGGGGCCCCAGGCCGGCCGGACACGAUGAACUACCUGAAUGUGCUGGCCAAAGCCCUCUAUGACAACGUGGCCGAGUCCCCGGAUGAGCUCUCCUUCCGCAAGGGCGACAUCAUGACCGUGCUGGAGCGGGACACACAGGGCCUAGAUGGCUGGUGGCUCUGCUCACUGCAUGGGCGCCAAGGCAUAGUGCCUGGAAAUCGCCUUAAGAUCCUGGUGGGCAUGCACGACAAGAAGCCAGCAGGACCCGGACCCGGCCCACCCGCCACCUCGGCCCAGCCCCAGCCUGGCCUCCACGCCCCGGCUGCCCAGUACACGCCCAUGCUUCCUGCCACAUACCAGCCCCAGCCCGAUAGCGUCUACCUGGUGCCCACCCCCAGCAAGACUCAGCAAGGCCUCUACCAAGCCCCUGGGCCCAGCCCACAGUUCCAGUCUCCCCCAGCGAAGCAGACAUCUACAUUCUCGAAGCAGAUGCCCCAUCACCCUUUUCCCAGCCCAGCCCCAGACCUUUACCAGGUGCCCCCAGGGCCUGGCAGCCCCGCCCAGGACAUUUACCAGGUGCCACCUGCUGCCGGGACAGGGCAUGACAUCUACCAGGUGCCCCCAUCUAUGGACGCACGCAGCUGGGAGGGGACGAAGCCACCAGCAAAGGUGGUGGUGCCCACCCGUGUGGGGCAGGGCUAUGUGUUUGAGGCCUCCCAGCCGGAGCAGGACGAGUACGACAUCCCCCGCCACCUGCUAGCCCCGGGGCCCCAGGACAUCUACGACGUGCCCCCAGUUCGGGCUCUGCUUCCCAGCCAGUACGGCCAAGAGGUCUAUGACACGCCACCCAUGGCUGUCAGGGGUCCUAGCGGCCGGGAUCCGUCCCUGGAUGUGUACGAUGUGCCCCCCAGCGUGGAGAAGGGCCUGCCAUUGUCCAGCCACCGUGCGGUGUAUGAUGUUCCUCCGUCAGUGAGCAAGGACGUGCCUGAUGGCCCACUGCUGCGUGAGGAGACCUAUGACGUGCCCCCCGCCUUUGCAAAGCCCAAGCCCUUUGACCCGACCCGCCACCCGCUGGUCCUUGCUGCGCCCCCUCCGGAUGCCCUGCCGGCCGAGGAUGUGUAUGACGUGCCUCCACCCGCUCCUGACCUCUAUGACGUGCCCCCCGGCUUGCGGCGGCCCGGCCCUGGCACCCUGUACGAUGUGCCCCGCGAGCGGCUGCUUCCUCCCGAGGCGGCCGAUGGCAGUGCGGCCGACAACAGCGUGUACGCAGUGCCACCGCCCGCCGAGCGGGAGGCCCCAAGCGAGGCCAAGCGGCUGUCGGCCUCCAGUACCGGGAGCACACGCAGCAGCCAGUCGGCCUCCUCGCUGGAGGCCGCUGGGCCGGGCCGCGAGCCCCUGGAGCUGGAGGUGGCCGUGGAGGCCCUGGCACGGCUGCAGCAGGGCGUCGGCGCCACCGUGGCCCAGCUCCUGGACCUGGCGGGCAGCGGCGGCGGGGGCUGGCGCAGCGCCGCCGAGCCUCAGGAGCCACUGGUGCGGGACCUGCGCGCCGCUGUGGCCGCCGUCCAGGGCGCCGUCCACGAGCUGCUGGAGUUUGCCCGCAGCGCCAUAGGCAACGCCGCCCACACCUCUGACCGCACUCUGCAUGCAAAGCUCAGCCGGCAGCUGCAGAAGAUGGAGGAUGUGUACCAGACACUGGGGGCCCAUGGUCAGGCCCUCGACGGUGGCCGGGGAGGCCCCGGGGCCACUCCCGAAGACCUAGACCGCCUGGUGGCCUGCUCACGGGCUGUGCCCGAGGACGCCAAGCAGCUGGCCUCCUUCUUGCAUGGCAAUGCCUCGCUGCUCUUCAGACGGACCAAGGCCCCCGUGCCGGGGCCGGAGGGGGGCGGCCCCCUGCACCCCAACCCCAUCGACAAGGCCAGCAGCAUCCAGUCCCGGCCCCUGCCCUCACCCCCUAAGUUCACCUCCCAGGACUCCCCGGACGGGCAGUAUGAGAACAGUGAGGGGGGCUGGAUGGAGGAUUACGACUACGUCCACCUACAGGGGAAGGAAGAGUUUGAGAAGACCCAGAAGGAGCUGCUGGAAAAGGGCAACAUCAUGCGGCAGGGGAAGGGCCAGCUCGAGCUGCAGCAGCUGAAGCAGUUCGAGCGACUGGAGCAGGAGGUGUCCCGGCCCAUAGACCACGACCUGGCCAACUGGGCGCCGGCGCGGCCACUGGCCCCGGGGCGGACGGGCAGCCUGGGGCCCUCGGACCGGGAGCUGCUGCUCUUCUACCUGGAGCAGUGCGAGGCCAACCUGACCACGCUGACCAACGCAGUGGACGCCUUCUUCAGCGCCGUGGCCACCAACCAGCCGCCCAAGAUCUUCGUGGCGCACAGCAAGUUCGUCAUCCUCAGCGCGCACAAGCUGGUGUUCAUCGGGGACACGCUGUCGAGGCAGGCCAAGGCGGCCGACGUGCGCAGCCAGGUGACCCACUACAGCAACCUGCUGUGUGACCUCCUGCGCGGCAUCGUGGCCACCACCAAGGCCGCUGCCCUGCAGUACCCGUCACCUGCCGCUGCCCAGGACAUGGUGGACAGGGUCAAGGAGCUGGGCCACAGCACCCAGCAGUUCCGCCGGGUCCUGGGCCAGCUGGCAGCUGCCUGAGAGCCGGUGACCACAGGGAUGGGGGUCAGGGGAGGAGGGCACCUGCCCCGAGAGAGUCGCCAUGCUGCAGGCGUGGGGAUAGGCGCCCCAGCUCUGUCCGGGCCUGGUGCCCCAGACUGCCCAGGGAUUUGUACAUAGUUAGGAUGGGGCAGGAUAUGCGACCACGCCUGCUCAGAGCCCAAGCAGAGCUGGGCCCCCGGGGAGCCAAGGCUGAGGAGUGGGCUGGUGGUCUUCCCUGCGUACACGGGGGGCUGGGGCCCAGAGAGCCCUGGGCCAUGACCCACAUGGCCUCAGAGGACCCCUUGAGCUGAUCCUAGCCCCACAGCGGUGCCAGGUCCCCCGUUCCCCCACAGCGCAAGCGCCACUGUACCAGGAGAAAAACUCUAGAACACUAUUUUUCAUUAUUGGUUUUCCAAUCAUUUGACUAAUAGUCUACAUUUAAAUAAAAUUUUAAA